UAAAAAGUCCAAUGAAACUGAUGGCACGGAAUCUGUUGAAGAAGACCCUACAACCAAUAAAUUUUGUGAAGAAAUUAAACAUUGGAUUAAUUUACUUGUUAAAACAAUCAUCCCGAAACUUUGUAUAUUAAAGGCACUUGGUACGAACAUGGAAAGUAUGCGACUUGCUCAAAUUGAUAUGCUGGGUGAUUUGAAACAAGAAAGUAAUCAUAAACAAGCCUUAAUAUAUUUGAAACAAGCAGCGGCAAAAGCAGACGAAGAACGUCCAGAACCAGUUGAUUAUGCAGCCAAGGACUUCAUAAAAAAAGCUGCAAACUUAGGUUACGGGCCAGCUUUAUACAAAAUGGGGCAUUGUUACGAGUAUAGGCGACCUACUUGUUCAUUUGAUCCUUUACUUUCUAUUUCAUAUUAUAAACGAGCUUCAGAAGUGAGCGAAGAAAAGGCAGACUUGGCAUUGAGUAGAUGGUAUCUUUGUGGAGCUAAAGGUUGUUUUGAUCCAGAUGAAGCUUUAGCUUAUGAACACACUGAAAAGGCUGCAUUAAAAGGAAUUGCAGAAGCUGAAUUUAUGAUGGGAUAUUUUUAUGAUGCGGGAAUCUAUGUGCCUGCGAAUGCUGCCGAGAAAGGUAACGAAGAUGCAAAAAAAAAAAGAUUGGGUAAGAGAAUAACUAAUAAAGAGUUUGAAGAAAUUAUUGAACUAAAAAAACAAUCUAAAGAUUGUAUUGCAAUCAUAAAAAUGGUUCAAGAAGUUAUGACUUAUUUUGAUAAUACACCAGACAAAACAACAAAACUAGAGUUAAUUGAUACUUUACGCACAGUUACUGAAGGAAAAGUAUUUGAAUGUGCAAGAUUGACACGUUUAUUAUCUGAGAUCAGAGAGGAAGAAGGCAAAAUUAAUGAGGCUGCUGGCUGA